GCGCGUGAGGAGGCCAGCACGCUCCAACGACCCGGCGGAGAGGAGAAAAAGGAGAGGACUCGCACGCUAAUGGCAGGUGCGCCACCAAAACCGUGGGAGCGUGCUGGGGCUGAGGGAACAUCUGGUCCGGCACCUUUCAAGCCACCAUCUGGUGGCAGCACUAGCGAUGUCGUCGAAGCUUCUGGUACAGCAAAACCUGGAGAAACCAUUGCUCCUACAAACGCUUCUGCUAAUGUAAAUAACACCGUCUCGAGGGCGAUGCCCCAACGGCCUUGGCAGCAGCAGGCAGGCUAUGGAAAUUCUUAUGGAGGAGCAGGAUACGGAUCCAAUAUGUACAGUUCAGUUGGUGGAUAUGGCAAUACUUAUGGUAGCGGUGGGCUCUAUGGGAAUAGUAGCAUGUACUCCAGCUAUGGAGGAGGUGGUGGCCUCUAUGGAGGUUCUGGGAUGUACGGAGGAGGCAUGUAUAGCAGUGGGAUGGGAGGCUCUUAUGGUGGUUACGGCAUGGGUGGCAUGGGUGGUAUGGGUGGUAUGGGUGGCAUGGGCGGUAUGGGUGGCAUGGGCGCGAUGGGGCCUUAUGGUAAUCCCGAUCCAAAUUCAUUUGGACCUCCCGCGCCACCACCAGGUUUCUGGGUGUCCUUCCUACGAGUGAUGCAUGGCGCUGUCAGUUUCUUUGGGCGAGUUGCAUUCCUUGUUGAACAGAAUACACAAGCCUUCUAUAUGUUCAUAACAGCUAUGUUGCAGCUCUUUGAUCGGUCUGGCAUGCUUUACGGCGAACUUGCAAGAUUUGCCUUGCGACUGCUAGGAAUCCGAACUAAGUCGAAGAAGGGCCGUGUUCAGGGCCCCGAGGGCCCAUCAUUUGAGGGACCUGGCCAACAGUUUUUGGAGGCACCAAAGGGUAACAACUCAUGGGAGAAUGUUUGGGGAAACUAAGACGCCUCGGCUUCACGGGCUGUUAAAUUUAAAUGGAAACAUACAGUUCUGAAAGGAAGAUGCUCGAGACCUGCAUGUCAGUAGUUUACUUGAAAGCCAUAGGGGAGUACCCUGUUCAGAAAAAAAUAUAUGUUUUAGUUAGCGAGGAACACAAGGGCUACUGUAAUGCUCUUUCUGUUUUUCAUGCCUUAAUCUGCUGUGAGCCUGAGGAAGUCUGGUUUGCUAAAGGAUGCAGGGUUACUUAAAGCAUCUCUGUUGUAUUGUAUCUCUUUGGGGGUAAAUAAUACCUGUAUCUUGGAAAAAAAUGCAGCAAAAUGUAUUGCGCUCGUUGUAUGUUAUGUUGAUUAUUAGCCGAAGCUGGCUUUGAAGUU